GGAGAGUCCAGUACGUCGAGGAGAGAGAGUAGUAUCGCAGAUGCAGUGAAGUCGUCCGUGGGUUGACAGGUUGUGCGUGGUGGGUGUGAAGGAGUGCGAGAGAGAGAGAGAGAGAGAGUAGUGUGAGGGGGGAAGAGAAGAAAAGAGAAGAGAAAAGAGCUAGCCGAUGGUAGCGAGAGAGAUAAAGAAACAGAAGAAAGGGACAUCGUUUUGUUGUGCGUCGAAGAGACGCACUUGAGAUCGUCAUUGCUCGUGUUUAUUCGUAGCAAACGACCGACGACGAAAUGAUUCUUUAAAGUUUACUGAGGAGUAUUCUCUUGAUCGUUUUAUAGGAGUGUUUGAGAACAAAGGGUGGAGGAUAAUACGACGACGACGACGACGACGACGACGACAACGACGACGACGACAACGACACGUCAAGUAAUUUCGGUCUAUCGGUCGAUCGGUCGUAUUGUUGGUCGUACUAUCGGUCGGUCGUACGGACGACGAGACGGAGGGGGUGAGAAAGAGAGCGAGAAAGAGAGCGAGCCUGACGGAGGGAUAGAGGGAAGGGACGGACGGAUUGACGGACGGAUGAUCUGACGUUAGUUUAAAUUCGGUUUGAUAUUCGGAGGAUCAGUCUAUUUUAUUGUUCACUUUGUGUAUCGUUUAUUUGAAACAACUCAAGAGGGAUUCAUUUUUUUGGUUUAAAGGAAGAAAGAAAUUUGAUUGGCCGUCGACGAUUGGACGUCGUUGUCAGUGUAUAUAUAGUGCGUCACUGUUUAUUUGAAAGUUUUUCUCCGUUUGUGGUAUUGGGGCACAUUAACGAUAUAAUAAUCAAAACGAAAGUCAAAACAACUAAGACGUCGAACGGUGAUUAUUGGGUGCGCGUGUCUUUGUUUUUCUUUCUCGGUGCUCGAUAUUCAGGAGGUUUGUUGGUGGUGGUGCGACGGACAGAGUACGUGUUACCGUGAAAAGGAGACGAGAACGAAGAGAAGGAGGAGGGAAAAAAGAAGAAGAAGAAGUAGAAGGCGAAGACGAAGAAAAGAACAAGAAGAGGAGUCAGUUGCUUUGGCGUUGGAGGAGGAGGAGGAGGAGGUGGAGGAGGAGGAGGCGGAGGAGCAGCAGCAGCAGCAGCAGCGGCAACAUUUACCCGUGAGUUCACGAAGCCGUGUGUGCUGGAUACGUAGCGGACUCUUGUGGAGGACCUUCGUGCGUGGAGCUACGAUCGAGCAGCACAGCUGAUCCAAGGACUCGGGUACGAAGGGCUCUUACACUUGCCAAUAACAAUCGACAAAUAUGUCGUCCCCCAGCGCUGGAAAACGACGUAUGGACACGGACGUUAUCAAACUAAUAGAAAGCAAACACGAGGUGACGAUUCUCGGAGGACUCAAUGAAUUUUCCGUCAAAUUCUACGGACCACGAGGGACACCUUACGAGGGUGGAAUAUGGAAGGUGAGGGUUCUCUUGCCCGAGCAUUAUCCCUUCAAAUCUCCUUCGAUCGGUUUUAUAAACAAGGUCUACCACCCUAACAUUGACGAAGUUUCAGGCACCGUGUGUCUUGAUGUUAUAAAUCAGGCGUGGACUGCCCUCUAUGACUUGUCAAAUAUUUUCGAAUCCUUCCUACCCCAAUUAUUAACAUAUCCCAAUCCCAUCGACCCUCUAAACGGCGAUGCAGCUGCUAUGUAUCUCCAUAAACCAGAGGAGUACAAGAAGAAGGUAGCUGAUUACGUGAGGAAGUAUGCAACGGAGGAGGCAUUGAGGGACCAGGAAAACGGUGGGACCGGGAACGGGAUGUCGUCCGAUAGCGAAUCAUCGAUGAGCGACUUUAGUGAAGACGAGGCGCAAGAUAUGGAAUUAACGAAUCGACAAAAUAUGUUUGAAAAGAAGGAAGAAAAACAAAACGAAAAAUGAAAUUUUAAAUAUAAAAUAUCGCGAUAGAACAACCAUGCCAUUUUGAUCGAUUUGACAUGAUGGAAUGUGUGAGUAAACGACGAAUUACGAGCGUUGUACACAAUUAUUUUUAUCAUUUUUGUUUGAUUUUAAUUAAAUCUGUUUUUUUUUUCUUUUUAAAUCGCAUAGAGUCUAAAUAAGGUAGAAAAUGGGUACUACUAGUCCCGUCUUCCUUUUUCCUGCCAUCAAGCCAUCCCUGUACGUUUUCCUCGCAGGAAGUAGCAACGAGAGAGAGAGAGAGAGAAAGAGAGAGAGAAAGAGAGAGAGAGAGUUCUAUCGCGGACGACGAUGACAACAAAGUAACGUUCAAGUCAUAAUAUAAUAAACACAAACAUAAAGGUGCCUCUAUCGUAAUUUGAACGACGAAAAAUGAUCACAGUCGUCCAUGUGACGAAAAUAUUCAUGCGAAUCGACGAUAUCACUGCGAAGAAAGCUAUUUGAUUUUAAAUUCAAAUUCUCGUGUCAUUUUUCGAAGCCCCCAUCAGCAUUGCAUAAUCGAAUAAUAAACAAAAAGAUGACACAGGUGCGUGUUUUUAAAUUGUUCCAUGAAAUGUCACAAAACAAAUGAAACAAUAAAUAAGGAAAAAGUUCAAACGAUCUUGUCGGCUGAGAUUCGACGGUAUUCACUGAGAAAAAAAAAUCAUAUUUCCAAUAUAUAUAUAUAUAUAGUUUACGUGGAGGUUGAAUAAAAAAAAGUAGUCAAGCAAUCGACAAAACUGUGAUCUGUUAAUUUUUUCUUUAUCUAAUCAUUAUUAUGAAAUAUUAAAAUGUUCUAACGGAUUUGUAAUAUUUGCAAUCAUGCAUUAAUGUUAAGAUGCAUUUUAUCAUUAAAAUCAAAUAAUUUUGUUGGUUCUUUCGUCGCUUAUUAUAUAAAUCUGUAAAACCAAUUUACUUCUUAAUAGCUAAGCAAAGCCAAGCCAUUUUCGGAUAAACAGGAUAUUAAUUUAGUCCUAAUUUACGCGAAUCUGUUUUUCCAUCAAAAUAAACAUAUUUAUAUUUUUUAAUAUAUAAACAAGAAAAGAACAAUUUUUAUUAAAGCACAUUUCUAAAGAAAAGACAAAAACAAAAAAUAGAAAAGUUUUCAAAUGUUACUCAAAGGUAUUAGCCCCCCCCCUCCUCAGAAUGUUUUUUGCAUAGUCAUUUAUAAUUUGUUGGUCAAGUUUUGAAAAACCUCAGGGAUCUUAUUUUUCAAUGUAUCAAAGAUUUUUCCUGGUGAGAAUUGAAAGCACAGAUGAGAGAUGUUAACGUAAAGGAAAGAGUAAUAUUAACGUAAUAUUAACGUCAAGUAUAACAAAUAAUCCAUCUUUUCUGCUGAGAUUGGUAAUAAUUAAUUUGGAAGUAAGAAACAAAAAAACAAAAAAAGAGAAGAAGAAACAAAAGGAAUAAUAAUAAUGUAUUAAUGCCAAAAAUUGUGAAGUUAGAAGAGAAGAUAGAUUCGCCGGAAGCCAGCCGUAUAUGUACAAAUUAUGGUGCACAAUAAUCGUUGACGGAUAAAUAGUAUUUUGUUUUAAACUGAUCUCUUCUCUUCGUUUAAUUCAAGUUCUAAUACAAACAAAUUUAAUGAUUAACUUUAUACGAGAGACACGUAUAGCCAUGGUAUUUUAGUGCCUUUCGUGGGCAGAGAAAUGUGCCUUAUUCUAUGUGUCUCGUGAAAGAAUUGCUUACAAGAAAAAACAAAACAAACAAAAAAAAAAAGAACUAGUAUGAACGAGAAAUAAGUGUUCUGUGUUAAUUGAUUCUGUUAUUUUAUAUAUUUUUUACGUUAUUUAAACUGCUUGCUAAAUUGUAAUGUAUUAUAUUGGCAAAUUAUAAAUUAGAUGUACGUGCUAUGAUUAUUUCUAACAUUAUAGUAGAAAUUUUAUAUUGAUUAUAUUAAAUGUGCUAAUUAAAAAUGAAUAAUUAAAACAAGAAAUUGUAUUUAUGAUCGGACCAACUUCUUGAAGUUCUUAAUGAAAGCUUAUACGAAAAAAAGAGAGAGAGAGCGAGAGCGAGAGAGAGAGAGAGAGAGAGAGAGAGAGAGAGAGAAAGAGUAAGAGAGAAAGCUAUUAUUAAAAAAAGAAUGAAAAGAAAAUUCAAUUAAAAUUUUAUUGUGUUUGUUUUCGAAAUAUAACAACGCGUAGAUUCAUUAUUAUUAUUAUUUUUUUUUUGGUUUUCAUUUUAAUACACUAAACACACAACACAGGUAUACACACAUUUACACACGUACAUACUACGUACAAAUAUUAUAAUAAAUUUAGUAUUGUUAUUAUAUUGCUUCUCUCUUAUGUGAGUGCAUCCCAUCGAGGUGGAUUUUGUUAUUAAUCGAUGAUCGAAUUAUUCGUCGUUCAUUCUGUAAUUAAUUCAACAAAGAUUUAUGAAAUUAAUAUCUUAUGUCUAUCGAAAAAUAAACUUUUGUAUAAAAUUUCUUAUAUUUACGUUUUUAUAUAGAAAAAUUGUCGUCAUACGUUUAGAUCGAUAUUUUGCAAGAAGGUUGCACUCAUAUUUUAUACACGUUACAUUUUGUCUUUCGUAUAAGGAAAAAAACAAAACAAAUGAAUAUUAUCCGAACUUAUUAUAAAGUAAUGAAUUAAUUAAGACCUCUUCGUGAAUAAUGAAAUUAUUUUCAAUAAUUUAUUAUUACGGUGACUAUAGUCCAUUAUCAAUGUGUAUCCGUUUAUUUUAAAAUGUCGAUUAUUAUCAAGAAAUUAAUUAGAACAGCUUUAUACUUUUUGCAAUAUCAUACGUUAAAUAUUUUUAUUUUUAUUUAUAUUUGGUAUUUAACUUUUUUUUUCUUUUCUUGUAAAUUAUUUACUGGCGGUUUAUAUUUGAUUUCUCUCUUGUUUGCAUUUUAUCGAUCACUGUACGUUGAUAUAUGUGUGUUAUAAAAUUGGAUACACACAAAUUUUACUUCAUUUUUCGUCUUUGCACCACAUUGUUCAUCCUAAAUGCAAAUUAGACGAGAAGCAAAGUAAUUUCUUAUUACAUUAGGAAAGAAAUAAUAUUAUUUUUAU